AUGACGAGGUCAACUACUCGGAUCCUCCAGGCGAACAUAAACCACUGCGCCGGGGCGCAAGAUCUCCUCCUGCAGUCCAUGGCGCAGUGGUCGAUAGAUGUUGCCGUGGUCGCCGAGCCGUACUACGUCCCCCCCAGCCACAACUGGGCUGCGGACCUGGAUGGCUUGGUGGCCAUUAUAACAAAAGCAGGGGUAGAGGGCAUACCGCCCCCCUCCACGUUGUCGAGGGGUCAAGGCUAUGUGGCUGUCCUCUGGGGCGAAAUUACCCUGAUCGGGGUAUAUUUCUCCCCCAACAGAAGAGUCUCCGAGUUCGAAGCCUUCCUCAGCUCAGGCUCUCGUUGGGCAGACCUUACCGCGCCAGGUAGUUGUCGCAGGUGA